CAUAGGAAGGAAACUUCUACAUUCACAAUUUUCAAUGGAAGAUUUUCCCACGAAAAAUCAGGGAUCGGAUCCCUUCUCAUUUCUAGUCCGAGAUCACCCCUCUUCAUAAAAAUGCUGGAGAUAUUUUUCUCCGCCUCCUCAUUCACUUUCCAAGUUGUCCGAAAAGACCAGACUACCCUGUUCCCCCGAAGUCAGAGGGGGAGAGGAGGCUAGGGAUAGAGCAGCGUCAUCGCACCGCUCGCCGGCGAGCCAGAUCAUCAGUGAGGAAGGCAGCGAUGGCGGUGGUGGAGCUGUGGGAGACGCUGAAGCAGGCGAUCGUUGCGUACACGGGCCUGUCUCCGGCGGCCUUCUUCACGGCUGUGGCGGUGGCGGCCGCUCUGUACCACGUUGUGUCGGGGCUCUUCGCGGCCCCGCCCCCGCCGCCGCCGCGCCCACGGGAGGAGCCCGAGACAGAGCCGCUCCCUCCUCCCGUGCAGAUGGGGGAGGUCUCCGAGGAGGACCUCCGCCAGUACGACGGCUCCGACCCUAAGAAGCCGCUCCUCAUGGCCAUCAAGGGCCAGAUCUACGACGUCACCCAGAGCAGAAUGUUCUAUGGACCUGGCGGACCUUACGCCCUGUUCGCCGGCAAAGAUGCCAGCAGAGCUCUAGCGAAGAUGUCGUUCGAGCCACAGGACCUCACCGGCGACAUCUCGGGCCUAGGUCCGUUUGAGCUCGACGCCCUGCAGGACUGGGAGUACAAGUUCAUGAGCAAGUACGUGAAGGUCGGCACGGUCAAGAAGAGCGUCCCUGUGGAAGGCGGCAGCACCGCGAGCACCACUGAGGCUGAUAAGGCACCGACAAACCGAAGAGAAGCCAAGCGAGGCGGUGGUUGAGGAGAAGGAAGCCGCGGCUAAUGAAGGUGCCCAGGAAAACUAGAGCUUUUCUGUGCAUGCGGCAAUAAUUCGACAUGGUCCCAUUCGGGUCGUGUCAGGGCCCUGCUAUCCUCUCGUGUCUCGUGUCGUAUAUCAGCAGCUAUGGCCCGUGUGAUUGGAUACGUCCAUCUGUGCCAGCGCCGUGGUGCUCUAUAAUUGCUGUUAGUCCCUUGUGGCCUUGUGUUCGAUCGGAUAAUCGGUGCUCUUUUAAAAUGAGUAAUUUUCUUUGCAGUAGUACCCUAAGAUUAUCAUACGUAGUCUUCACCGAA